AUGACGUCUGGUACUGUCUCUUCCCUUUUUGUUCUCUUCUUCAGUGCGAAGGCAUUGGCACAGAUCAGAACGCCCAAUGCACAAUUUAAUCAAGUACUUAAUAUCAAUGGCGAUAUGGAGCUGAACUCCUUCACCUUUCCGGACAGGUCGACGGUCGAGACCUUCUCGCAGAAGCAGCAGCAAUUAAUCGUUAAUCAGCAGACUCCUGCUAUCCCUCCCGACCAGGUAACUGGCACCACGGGACAGCCCUUCGUCGCAAUGUCGCAAUUGUCACUGUCUAUCAACACGAAUGGUGCUACGGACCUGGUCGGCGGACAGGUGGAAAUGCCAAUUGACCAGGCCUUGCUGCAACAGAAUGCCGUGAACCCCGACAAUUUGUACGUCGCUAUGCUGUCACCUGACCGCCAGACUUGGAUCAUCCAGGAGACGAUGAGGAGCGUCAAUAUCUCCGACAUGAGCGUUCGCAUGGUGAAGCGCACCAGCCUUGACGGGGAGUACAUGGCGCUUGGUCGCCAGACCGUCGAGACGAACACUCUUGUCGUCCCCUUCGGCAGCGACCAAGCCAACACCGUCGUCAUCCAAGGUACCGGUCUCCAAGAGAACGAGUUCCAGGACGGAUUCAGGAUGUCUGUUCGUGCUACCCAACCGGUUUCCAUGAACGUCGAUGUCAAGGAUGGCGUCGAUCGGGGCAUGCUCACGGCGUUGCAAGGACAGGAGCCAAUCAAUGAUUUCCGCUACUCCGUCACCACUAGUCUGGCUGCAGUCCAGCCCGAUCUCAACAGGAUGGCUACUGUUAUCCAGAUGCCAAUCAACGCGGUACGCAUUCAGCAGAUGAUGCAGCAAAUGGGAGUACAGGGAAACCAGCAAGUCGCUCUCUCCGUAGCACAACGAGGUGUCCUCCAGAACCCUGGCGGCGCCACCGGCCAACUCCAAGGCGUCGGCCAACCCGCAGGACGUCUUGCCCGCGACAUCUCGGAGCACCGCGCCAAUGUCGCCCGCCAGAUCCAGCAGGGCACUCCCAUCCAGCAGCAAAACCCCGCCGCUACCCAGCUUCUCCUCGCGCCUACAUUCACGCCCAUUCAGGCCCAGGCCGUCAUCGAUCCCAUCAACAUGCGCAUUGCUAUCCCCGUCAACCAGGUUGACGGAGAGUUCAUCCUCAUGAUGCAGACCGCAGAGGCCGCGAGGGGUGCCCAAUCUGUCACUCCCAUUGCACCCGGGCAGCAGCAGCAGCAGCCCCCUGCCGCUGAAGGUCAGAUUCCAGCUGCCGCUCAACCGGAGACGCCCCAGGCUACCGAGAGCGCCGCUGCUGUUGAGACCGCCAGGCCCGAAGGAGGAGCCCAGCCAGCCGAGACUGCCACUCCCAGGCCAGCAGGUGAGGCCGCAGCUGCUGUUCCCGAAGGUGAGGCCAAAGCUUCGCCUACCGGCGCUGAAGAGGCAACACGACCCUCUGCCAGCGCUGCCGCAUCUGAGGGCAAGCCUGAGCGCCGUCAAGAGUCGAAGGAGGAGAACACGGCCCCUACGGGAGCUAUCCUUCUCAGCAUGAACGAGGUAGACAAGAUGGUUGAGUUGGAGCAGUGGGGCCGUCAAGCGCCAAUCAGCAAGAUGAUGGAGGAUUACAAGAAAAGCCAGGGCGUGACUAGCAACACGACCCUCACAGCGUAG